CGAUUUCUAUCAAAGGCUGAACAGAUUUGAUUCUUCCUUUUUAAAAAUAUAUAUAAGAACCAAGAAGAUUCCAUUUCCUUUCCAAAUUCCAACACUAGUUGAAUUUUCCAUUCCACUCUCUCAGUGAUUCCAGUUUAAAACUGAUAUCAUAUAGUGGGGGUUUUUGGGUUUGUCUCUCAAUCUCAAUUCAGAGCCAAAAUUCUCCAAAUGGGUUCUCUCUUUUUCAGUUUCUGCCUCUGCCCAAUUCCUCAUCCAUGGUUCCCACCUUUUUCUCUGGGGUUUUUGCACUCGAUCCCACAAUAAAACAGUCACUAUCUGAUAUCGACACCCACUUCCGAGCAAAUUAUUUUCAAAGUUUUAAUCUCUUUUUUCCCCCUUCCCCAUUUGAGUUGGAGCGUUCUCUGGAUAUGAUUUAUCAUGGGAAUCGAAUUCCGUUCUAGUUUCGGCGUGAAUGGGAUUGAAAUUCCUUCCGAGGUUGGAGCAGCUGAAGUGAGCCCGAUUCGAGCCGCCAUUAGAAGACACUGUUGAAUCGAAGGGGAACUGUUUCAACUGGGAAAUUCGAGCUUUCGAGAAGUGUGGCAAGAGAAAUUUGAGUCGAGGAGAGAAGGGUAUUGGGAGUAUGAUGUCGUCCGGGAUAAACUUGGUGAUGACCGUGAUUGGGUUCACGGUGAGCACUUUGUUCAUCGUGUUCGUCUGCACAAGGCUAGUUUGUGCUCGGAUUCAUCUCAAUGCUUCACGGCGAUCCUUCGCAAUCGCUUCUAGAUCUGAUUUCAAUGGGCUGGAACGGGGAUUACACGGUCUUGAGGCGUUUGCUGUAGCCAACUUUCCAACUAAGAAGUACAGCGAUGAAUACUUCUCAUCUAUGAGAAAUGCCCAAUGCACAGUUUGCUUGGCAGAUUAUCACUGUGAAGACAUACUGCGCAUUCUCCCCUACUGUGGACACUCCUUUCAUGUGAACUGCAUAGACAUAUGGCUGCAUCAGCACUCGACGUGCCCGGUUUGUCGGGUAUCCUUACGCGAGGCCCCAGACAAAAAACGACCGAUGCAACCUUUGUUUAGUUCAGCAAUUCGCUCUCAUUACACCCUCAACUCAAAUGUCUGCACUCAUCCCUGCGACGGGUUCCCUUUAAGAGACCUUGAAAACAGUGGGCUGGAGCCAAUCCAGGAGAACCACUGCUCACCGGGGGCCAAUGGAGCAGAUUCAACGGAGAACGCUUCCUCAUUUGUUGAAGGUAACUCGAUUAGUAAAGGCUCAAGAAACAAAAAUGUAGAAACAUCAAAUGCUUGAGAUUCUCUGUGGUUUAGCUUAUGAUAGGGAGUCUGGAUUUGGUCAGAGAUUGAUAUUGGGUGUGUCCUAAAAGUAGAGAUGUCCUUAACUAUCUGCUCAGAAAGUUUGACUGUGUUGUUAUUUUACCAUUGUAUAUAAGUGUUGUUGGUUAGAGAAUUAGUCUCUGUUGCUGGUUUUGGGCAGUUUUGUUAUUUUACCAUCAACUUUGCUUUC